UUGUCGCCAUUGGAUACCAUGUCUUGGAUUGUAAACAAGAACAAACCUAGCUAAGAUAGUUAGCUAGGUUAAAUAAUUUAGAUUAGAAACAUUCCAUAUAACGAUAGCUAUGUACUAGCCUAAGGUUGUUUUUCUUUGCGAUUCAUGUUUAUCCUUAAUGUUUGUGCAUAAAUUGGAUGGAUAUUACAAAGGGCAGUUUUGAUUACAUCUCUCGUCCAGUCUCCAAAGAGCGUUCUCGAGCUGGGAGUCGCGAGUCUACCGUGUCCCUCGCUGAGGUGGGGAGGGUAAACCAGCAUAGAAUUGGGUCCCUAGAGGUACUCAGCUCCUAUGUCACUGAAACACAGGCUCAUCUGGGACAGGGCGGCCAAACAGAAAAUAUGCUCCUUGACCAAGAUUCAUCUGAUGAAGAGAAUGAAGAUCUGGACUUGCAAAAAGCCAUCGAGGAAAUGAAAAGACUUGACACAAUCCUUGCUGUCAGAAUCUCCCAGGAAAAAGAGAUGACGAAGCAAAGGAGGGAACUUCAUCAAAAGCUCUGGCAGGAACUGAAGAAUCUCGAACCCAGAAGCUCCAAAGAGUGCAGCGAUGAGGCAAAAAAUACCCAGAUGUUCUUGGAGCUAACCGCCAGCACCUCCGAGGGUAGCAGUGACGACGAUGACUUUCUUCCUGUAUUUGGCACCCAAAUUUCAAAUGAAAACAGUGCCCUGGACUUCAGAGUUGGGAAUAAAGAGGUCAGAGAGCACACUGAGUCCUCAGACUUUCUUGAAGAGGCUCAGGAGAUGAGGCGAGGCAAGCAGACAGACAGUAGCCAGACCAUGAUGCAAAAUACCAAAUACAGACAGGAUUUUGUCAAGAAAAACAUUGAGCUUGUUGGCAGAGCAGGGGGCCUGAUGAUGAUGAUACAUGAGGAAAAAGAGCGCUUGGAGGAGCUUAUCAAAGACCUGGAAAACGAGUCUUAUGAUGAUCCAUCAGCCAAACCUAAGAAUCUCAGACCCAGAAGCUCUUCAGAGUGCAGCAGUGAUGCAGAAAACAACUGGCUGUAUUUGGAGCUAACCACCAGAACCUCCAAGAGUAGCAGUGAAGAAGAGGGCUUUGUUCCUGUAUUUGGCACCCAAGUUCCAGAUGAAAGCAGUGGCCUGAACUUCAGAGUUUGGAAUGAAGGGGUCAGAGAGCACACUGAGUCCUCAGGCUUUCUUGAAGAGGAUCAGGAGAUGAGGCGAGGCAAGCAGACAGACAGCAGACAGGUGCAAAAGACCAAACACAGACAGGAUUUUGUCAAGAAAAACAUUGAGCUUGCUGGUGGAGCAGGAGGCCUGAUGAUGACACAUAAGGAGAAAGAGCGCCUUGAGGAGAUCCUCAAUGAUGAGUCUUAUGAUGAUCCAUCAGCCAAACCUAAGCCUGGCGAAGGCUAUCAGCCGGACGAGGCCCAGCUCAACCAGUUGUUUCAGAUCGAUGCCAGGCUGCAGCUCCUGCUUCCUGUUGAGGACUUUCUGUUUGUGCAAAGCCCCUAUGCUGCCCACAGCUCCUCUCAGGGCGGGCACUUCGGUUCGGAUGGAGAGCGAGGUGGGGAGCUGAUGGCUGGGGGGAAGACCCCACAGGAGCUGACGGAGGCUAGAGAUAAAGGCGAGUGCCUGCAAGACAUCCAGCAGCAACUGCAGCACCUGGGGCACAGCCAGCAGGCCAUGAGCUUACCUGAAGAGCAGCUGAGGAGCCUGCUGAUGGAAUGUGAGAUGGCCCAGAGCAGGCAUUCUGGUUCAGGUGCAGGAGAGUCCUCCUUACCCUACUGUGCUCUGGAUGCCCGUGCCAUAUCUCUGCUGAUUAGAAUGCCCCGCUUGACCAGUCGUGCUCUCUCAGACUUGCUGCUGGAAGCCUCUGCAACUCAUAACACUUCCUACCAGUGUGAAGAAGCCACUCUGGAUUGAACCGCUCAGCAGCUUGAAGCAUGCUAAUGAAACACAAAUGCAGCUGCUAAUGGAGCCAGAGAAAUUGGCCUCAGUUUGUUAGUUUUAAAUGUUUAGAUGUUACUGCAUAGAACACUUGUUAAACAUAAAUUUUAACCAAGAGCCUUACAUUUAUUGAAGUUAGACUGGGAAAAAAAUUAUUAUGGCUUGAUUUAUGGGUAGAACAUUCCAGGCAUAUUUGUUCCAAAGUGCAAGUUCUUUUUAUCUGCUGUUGCUAGAAGGGCAUUUCUCUGUAUGUUGCUGCCAAGUUCAUUUUUAUCCAUAAGCUGAGCAUUCAUAUAUAGUUGUUCAAGUCAAUGUGUAUUUCUGUAUAUUUUUUAACUGGUAUGCAACAAAUCAUUUUAAAAAUGCAAAUAUUAUACUAUGUGCUUACAUCAUAAACAGUUAUGUCUCGGAAAGUAAUUUAAAAUUACCAGUUGAAAAUGUAAUUUGUAACCUGAAAAAAAUGUGUUUUCUGAUUGGUUUUCCUUAUAUUUUUAUUAUGUGCCAUAUAUUAGCCAGAGCGACCCCAAGUUUAGGGAAAUUUAUGAAUGGUUGGGCAUUGUGGGAAUGUCCAUUGGCUUUUAAAACAGGAUGUGAAAAGUCAUAAAAUCAGUACACCUGAUUCUAUUUUUGGAUUUAGCACUUACACAUCAAGCAGACAAAGAGCAAAGGUUGUCUCUUAGAAGAAUGUCUCAGCAGGGUGUAAUUAGGCUCCCCAAAAUACCCACUCCCUUAUCCACAAACAUCGUCUGUAAGUAUAUGUUGUAAUAAGGGUGUUUUUGUACUACCCUUGUGCAGAUUGUGCUGCUUGUCACUUUGCAGGAUUGUAGAUGAUGGAUAAUGGCUGCUUGAAAACAGAUUAAUUCUUAAAGAAUUCUCUGGUGAUUAUUGGACAUUUAGGUUUUAACUUCUUAGCAAUAGAAAAGAAAACUAUUUUCUUCAUUUUACCUUGCUCAAAAGAAAUUCAAGACAUUAAAAUGAAGCAAGAUCAAUUUAUUUUUUAAACUGUUUAUUGUUUUGUUGUUCUUUAAAAAAUAAGUGAUAUGAGUAAAAACAGCAUUUUGUUGGAUAAAAUUGUAAUAUUAUAAUUCAAGGUAACUUUAAUUGUAAAAAAAAAAUAAAGGGGGGGGGGGGUCCCAAAA